AUGACGGCUGCAGGCGCAACUAGAGACUUAAACCCAGAGAUCCCUACGGAGGAUCUCGCAAAUUUCUUCACAUCGAAGAAAGUCCCUCCAUUUUGGAAGAACACUAAUUUAGUGUUACAAGAUGAUUUGCCUGAGAGUGUAUGGUCAUAUUUUGACCGGCUGGAAUCGAUGUUCGAACAGCUAGGAGUAACGGAGGAUAGGUACAAGAAGCGACUAGUGACAGAGUACGUGCAUCCGACCCGCCUUAAAGAGCAGUGGAAAAGGUUGCCGGCGUAUAAAUCGGGCACCUACGAACAAUUUAAGACGGUUAUCAUGUCUUUUUAUCCGGAGAUUCGUUCUCUAACAGAAGGAAGUGUCGAGAACUUACAGAGGAUAAUGUCGAUGUACAGGGGAAUACUUCCUAGAGAGCAUCAAAAGCUGAUGAAUUUGAUCAAAGGCGUACAAGAGGAAGUGUCAAAAAUUAGAGACUGGGAAGCAAGAAACGAUACUACGAUUCUUACGGAGCAGCAACUAGUUGGGGAAUUCCUCAACUGUCUGGAUACUUCCUUCAGAAAUGCCAUCCAGAUUAAAUUGACGGCUAUGUACGAACAAAGUAAGCAGUUGGAGAGAAUGAAGAAAAGAGAUAAGGGAAAGGCGCCGGCCGCUGGAACUUCUGCAGGCGCCGCCGGGGGUGAAGGAGAUAACCCCCAGGAGGAAGACGAGGCGGAUUGGUUAGGGGGAGGGGACGAGAUGUACGACCCCAUCACCCUCACGAAGGUUGUGCCUGUUCUUUACAAGUAUAAUCUUAAUCGGGUAAUCUAUGUCGCACAACUAGUCUCAAGAGAACAACCCGAGAAUGUGAUGGUGUCAGGCGGUGACCCGCCAUUUGUACCGUCCGCGAAUAAAGGAAAGAAUGUGCCUUCAGGCUUUGCUAAUGAUUUAGCCGCCGCCCUUAAGGCACUAGGAGUAGUGGUACCCCAACAACCGGCGGGAAUGCAAACCCACAGCGCUUCCCAAAAAGGGCAAUCACUGCCACCUGGUAUCUUACCGUGGACACCACUAGGCAGUGGAAUGGGGGAUUCCAAGCCUGCGAAAGUGAAGUCUGAGGCAGAUGACAAUAUGUUGGGGGCCAUCCUAGGAAAGAUGGAUAGUUUCGCGAAAGAUAUUAAGUCGGAAGUAGGGGAGAUUAAGAAAGGACAAUCUGCGAUGAUGAUGGAAAUGGAGCAAAGGAUCGAACAGAAGCUCGAUCGAAAAAUCCAGGACCAGUUUAACCAGUUUAAGCAGAUGAGUGCGCGAGCCGCAGUAACCGGCAGUGACGGCGAUAAUACUUAUAAGCCUCCUGCAAGGAGGUUUGCCACGAACUCGGGACCUCCUGGUGGAUUUAGCGCAACCCCUAGUUUCGCGCGUGCGCCGGGACAGUAUGGUUAUAGUACUGGUACCUGGGGGUCAGUAAAUAACUUAGAGUGUUGGUUCUGCAAGCAACCAGGUCAUAGUGUUAGAAGGUGCGAAACGCGAGAUGAUCUAAUGCGGCGUCAAAUUAUUGCUAUCGAAGGAGGGAACUAUCGAGUAAUCCCUAACAACGAAUUAGUCAUUCCUAUUGCCGAUGGGCAAGGGGAAGGCACUCUCAAAAAGAUAGAACGCUCGCUGGAGAAGUCUGGGCACAAAAAUGUGUUACAAGCAGUACAAGAAGUUCAGUAUGUGCAGGAAGGGCCUGUGCCGCCGGAAUUGCAUUGGCAGGACGAAUAUGGGAGGCCAACUAACAGCCGCCUUGCUCAUGAAAUAACUCAGAUCAAGGAAAUGUUGGUACAAGGAGUGGUUCAACCAAAUCGUCUACCCGAGCCAGCACCUGAAGAGCCACCUGUAACAAGUCCUCCAGCCGGCGUCGAUGCCAGACAGUGGGAACAGUUCCAACAAUUCUUAGCGUUCCAGAACCAGCAGGGUUUUCCGUGA